AUGAUUGAAGUGCUCCAGAUCAACAUCGGGAAGAGCAGGAGCGCACAAGACCUUGCGCUCCAGCGUAUGAGGGAGGAAGGAGUAGACGUCAUGCUUGUGACGGAGCUCUACGCAGUGCCGGCCAACAACGGCAAUUGGGCGUCCGAUGACGAACUGAAGGCUGCGAUCGUCACCAGCGGCCAACGGUUCCCCAUCCAGCGGGUGAGGAGCGUGCAACAUCCCGGCAUUGUGGCAGCCGAGGUAGCGGGCAUCGUAUUCAUAUGCUGCUACAUUCCGCCAUCUGUCGGCCUCCCGGACUUUGAGCGGCAGAUGGACAGGCUGGAGGUCCUAGCGAGAGGUCAUCCUCACGUCGUCUUGGCUGGUGACUUCAACGCGUGGCACGGGGCCUGGGGGAGCGAGCGUGCCAACCUUAAGGGUGAGGCGCUCCUCCAGACGGCAAACAGCAUCGGUUUGGAGGUCCUCAACCGUGGAACGGAGCCGACAUUCCUGGGCAACGGCGUGGCCCGGCCCAGCAGGGUGGACGUCGCUUUCGCGAGUCCAUCGCUCUGCCGACCGGAUGGAGUGGCGGAGGUCAUCAGCUCCUGGCGGACGCUAGACUGCUACUCCUAUAGCGACCACCGCUAUAUUCGGUUUGCGGUCGGGCAACAGCCUCGUGCUGGCCAGCGGCCCGGACGGGGCAUUCAGCGGUUGGAAGGCGUCGAGGUGCGGGAGGCGGGUGUUCGCUGGCGAACUCGUCAGUUUUGCCCCCGUACGUUCAAGCUGGCACUAGAGGCGACCCGUUUUGCCGAUCGUGUGACGGAUGCGGCAAGCCUGGGGAUGGCGCUUACGGAGGCUUGCGACGCCAGCAUGGCGAGGAUCCGGCAGUCGCAGCAGAGGAAGAGCGCCAACGUGUACUGGUGGACUCCGGCCAUUGAGGAGCUGACUGAGCGCUGCCGGUUGGCCCGGGAGAGACAGUCCUUGGCCCUUGACGAGACGUCCGUUGAAUUGGCUGCGAUGGAACAUCAGGAGGCGCGUGCUGCCUUAAGGGUGGCAAUUAAGGCCAGCAAACAGCGGCAGUUCGACGAGUGGCUGCAGGCCCUGGCUGCGGAUGAGACGGGACAGUGGUUCCGGCAAGUCCUUCUGCGGUUUCGGGGCAGCUGGACGGCGCGAGAACGUGAUCCAGCGGUGUUGCAGCGGAUCGUCGAGGAGCUUUUUCCGGAGCAUCCCCCGGUCGAGUGGCCGGACGUCGCGCCUUCGGAAGGGGACACUCCGGUCCGUCCGAUCAGCUGCGCGGAGCUCCAGGCGAUAGCGAGCGAGUUGCAUCCGCGGAAGGCGCCUGGCCUCGACGGAAUUCCGAACGCUGCGGUAACGGCUGCCAUCCGAGAGUACCCUGAGCCAUUCGCGUGUGUCUACCAGCGCUGCUUGGACACGUUCUCGCGCCGUCCAGCUGCCCCGAAACCGCAGAAGGACUUGCCGGAACCACUGUCCCGUCUCAUCCGCAGCCAGGGCCUGCAGCCACUCGUCGAACUGCCGCUGUUUGCUGGCCUUAAUUGCCACCCUUAA